AUGAUAGAGUACAUGUCGCCGGAGGAGAUCGGCCGGUACCGCGCCGUCGCCCAGCAGAACUCUGUAGAGUCCAUCAGGGCGGCCGAGGAGCGGUACGAGAAGGCCAAGCAAGCCGGUCCCGGGGUCCUCCACGGGACCAGAGACACCGUCGCCCAUGGCCUCGGUGCUGCGGGGCUCUGGGCCGCCGCUAUGGGCACCGAGGCCAAGGACAGGGCUGCUCAUGGGGCUCGUGCUGCCGCUGAGUACACCACCGAGAAGGGGUCCCUGGCCAAGGAUUACGCGGCUGAGAAGGCCCACGCCGUGGCGGAGGUUGCCGCGCAGCAGGCUUCUUCGGUGAAGGAUACGACCGUCGAAAAGAGCCGUCAGGGGCUCGAGGUCGCAAAGGAUGCCGCCGUGAGUGCAGGCGAGUCCGCCAUGGACUACGCAGAGCAGGCCGCGUUGAAGGCCAAGGAUGUCGCUGUGAGUACCGGCGAGACCGCGAGGGAGGCAGCGACGAAGACGAAGGACGCCACGGCGAGUGCGGGCGACACAGAAGGCAGAGGAGGCAAUAGAAGCAGCCAAGAGAGCCCUGCAGGCAGGGAGAGCAAACGCGGGGCAAGCGAAGGAAAGACUGGUAUCGAAGACGGAAGAAACGAAGGAAGCAAUGGAGGAACUAAAUCAGCAUGCAGGACAAGCUAAGGAUACGGCCAUGCAGACAGGAGAGCGAGCUAAAGAUUACGCUGGACGAACAGCUGCCGAGUUCAAGUUUGUUAGUACUCUGAACAAGAAGACGAUGAACUGUGUUGAAUUCAACAUUUAAGCCUCAAAUUUGGCUACUGGUAAAAACCUGGAGAGGGGACACAGAAGGAUAAAGAGAAGAAACCAUCCAUGGCAGGCAAUGAACGCGUAGGGAAGAGGAGGAAACUAGGCACGCAAAGAGCUCACAUCAGAGAGUGAAUGAAUGCUAGUUUGCAACAAAUAGCCUACGCUUCUGUGCUGUAUCAGGUAACGUGAAUAGAUUGCUGAAGUCGUAUGGAUCAAAUGGGUUUGUGCUACCUUUGCAGGCGUAGACGCAUGCAUGGUUGUGCAUUGCCUAGCAGCCGGAUGUGGACUUGCAAUAAAGCUUCUGCCGGUUGUGAUUUUGGAGUUGUAGGUGGAGGGUGCGAGCUGUGUUCUUGAGCUCCUGGAAAGCUCGCAUUGUUUCCGCAUCAAAACCUCCUGCAAACUGGUGGUGAUCAUAGAAGAAAAACCUCAUUACAAGUCCAUAUUCGCAAGCCAAAAAAGUUUUUCUUUUUAUCCAUGAAAUGUGAUUGCUUCUGUUGAACCGGAAUCACCUGGUGUACUCUGAAGGCAAAUCUAACACCCUGAAGCAUGAGUUCCUCUUCUUCAGGGUUGCCUGCUAUGAUCUCCAGCUCGGAAGAGACUCUUUUCAUGUACUUCAUUGCUAGUUUCCCUGUUGCUACCUUGAUCUGAAUGUAUAUAUAAUCAUGUUAUAAAUUAGUUGUGAAGUCA